AUGACUACACCUGGAUUUUAUAAUAAGUUAAUAAUAUUAUCUAUAUUUCCUUUUAAAACUGACAAACACCCAACUAUUUCAAAAACUCGACGUCAUAGUUUUCUGGAUGGUCUUGCUUUGUUACUUAAUGGUUCAAAUCCAUGUACAUCAGUUUAUCCAUUGUUGAAAGAAAAAAAAGUAUUAAUAACACGUAAUAAACAAUUAAAAGAUAAUGAUGAAGAAUAUUUUGAUAAAUUUUUUGGUUUAAUACGUGAAUAUUCACAACAUUGUUUAACAUCAAAUCAACAUGGCAUGAACGAAAUAUAUUCAUCAUUAAAAUCUAUUAUAUUUGAAUAUAACAAGAAUAAAUGUAUUAAACGUAUAACUGAUGAUUUAUUUAAUGAUGUUGUUUCAAAUCUUGAAAAAUUACCAAAUAAAAAUGUUGAUGAUUUAUGUGAGAAAAUUACUUACAAUAUAUUAAACAAAGAUUCAACCGAUUAUUAUCAUUUAAAAGAGAAUAAAAUGUCUUUGAAAGAAUAUAUUUUAAUAUUAUUUAAUUGGGUCAACUAUAUUAUUUCAAAUCGAGACCCAAUCAGAAAUAAUGAAAGCAAUCUUGAACUAAAAAUUAUUUGGAAAUUUCAAGCAACUGCUGAAUUAUUAUAUCAUUCUGAAAUAUUUCGUUCUAUGCUCUCAAUAGUAUAUUCAAUUGAUAAUGUUGAACGUAUUCUGUAUUACUUAGAUAAAGUAUCGGCACAUCGACGAUCAUUUAAUUUAAUAUUAAAAACUUUAAACAAACGAAAAUCUGAAUAUGACAUCGUUGAAUUAAAAGAAACACCAUCAUCAUCAUUUGAUAAAAUUUGGUCGGCAUGUGGUUUACACAAUGAUCAAACAAAAACUGCUUUCCAUAAUGAAUAUAUUCAAAAUAAACUUGUUCAAUAUGAUACAAAUUUAAAAUUGCAAACAUGUUUACAUAGUGAAAUUCGAAUGAUAGAUUAUUUAAUUGAACAAAAUAUAAAAGAAGUUCAUGAUAAAGAUGUAGAAAUUGGAAUAUCGACACUACCAUGUUAUCUAUGUUCAAUAUAUAUUGAAAAAUUAAAUAUUGAUUUCAAUCGAAUGUUUUAUGUUACUGCUUUAAUAACUGAUGGAAAAAUUUAUCCAAAUUGGAUGUUUAGAAAGAAUGAAGAAGAUAAAAUAAUAAAUUAUGUUAAUAAUCAAUUAUAUACAUUUAUCAAAAACGACUUACAAUUAUUGCAAUCAAGAAUAAGAACAAAAAGCGGAGAUAGUGAUAAGCAAGAAACAGGCAUAGAUGAUGAUGAUGUCAAUAAUACAUUCAUGCUUAAGACGAUGAACGAUAUAGAAGAGCAAUAA